GUCAGAAUUGAACUAACGAAAUAUACUAAUGUAAAUUCAAAAUUUUCGUACAACAUUAAUUAUUUCUUGGCCUAUAAAAAAAAUGUUGGAACAAGUUGAGCAAAAGAACCAAGAGCAAAAAAAACCACAAAAGUUUAACGUUUUUCCGAAAAUUAUAAAUGGCGGCGUCGCCGGUAUUAUUGGAGUGGCAUGCGUCUAUCCACUGGACAUGGUUAAGACGCGACUGCAAAACCAAACAAUAGGUCCCAAUGGAGAGCGCAUGUACACCAGCAUAACUCUAUUGCCUUAGCGCCGACUGUUUCCGAAAGACUAUCGCCAGCGAAGGCUAUUUUGGAAUGUACAGAGGCUCAGCGGUGAACAUCGUGCUGAUUACGCCCGAGAAAGCCAUCAAGUUGACCGCCAACGACUUCUUUCGGUAUCAUCUGGCAUCCGAUGACGGGGUUAUUCCGUUGUCACGGGCUACUUUGGCCGGGGGCCUGGCCGGGCUAUUCCAGAUCGUGGUCACCACGCCCAUGGAGCUCCUCAAGAUACAGAUGCAGGACGCCGGGCGGGUGGCUGCUGCCGACCGAGCGGCAGGACGAGAGGUGAAAACUAUAACGGCCUUGGGUCUGACCAAGACGCUCCUUCGUGAGCGUGGAAUCUUCGGUUUAUACAAGGGUGUGGGCGCCACUGGAGUGCGGGAUAUUACGUUCUCGAUGGUGUACUUUCCGCUAAUGGCCUGGAUAAAUGACCAGGGGCCACGCAAGUCAGAUGGUUCUGGGGAAGCGGUCUUCUACUGGUCUCUGAUAGCUGGACUCUUGUCUGGCAUGACUUCUGCCUUUAUGGUCACCCCUUUUGAUGUGGUCAAGACUCGACUGCAGGCCGAUGGCGAGAAGAAGUUCAAAGGCAUCAUGGACUGUGUAAAUAGGACCCUUAAGGAAGAGGGCAUAAGUGCAUUCUUUAAGGGCGGUCUAUGUCGGAUAAUGGUGCUAGCUCCACUAUUUGGUAUCGCGCAAAUGUUUUAUUUUUUGGGUGUGGGCGAGAAGAUUCUGGGCAUCGAGCGAACGAAAUCUGUGUAACUUAUAAUUAAAGGUCUCUUCCCCCCCC